AUGUUUUUACAUUUAUUUAAAAAAUGUGGAGACAACAUUGAUGAUAGCAAUGUAAGCUCAAGACAUUCAUAUAGGAAACAUCAUUAAUAAGUGAUUCAAUUCUCUUAAUUAUUGGAUUAUUGGUAUUCAAUGAGUUGCUGCUCCAAACCAUUGCCACCAAAAAACUAAAAUAUCCCUACUUAAAAUAUAUCAAUGACACUAUUAUAACUACAUCCAUUGGAUUAAUUACAGGAUAUAUUUUAACCUUUUCUAAAUCAGGAAAGGAUAUAACAACAACCAUGAAAAUGGGAUUUAGUUAAUUAUUCUUAAUAAUAUUGCUACCGCCUAUCUUGUUUGAAAGGUAUUCAAUCUUAUAAAUAUAAGUGCUAUUCACAUGGAUUCGGUAACUUUUUUUGAACAUUUUGGUACUAUCAAUAUUUAUGCAAUUUUUGGCACAAUAAUAUCAAUGAUAAUAACUUCAUUCUUCAUCUUUAUAUGUGGUUUAUUAGGUUUAGCAAAGGAACUGCAAUUGUCUAAAUGCUUUGCAUUCGGAGCAAUAAUAUCUUCAACAGAUCCAGUUGCUGUUCUAAGUGCUUUCAAAAAUAUGAAAUAAUCAAAAAUGCUCUACACUUUUAUUUUUGGAGAAAGCAUUCUAAAUGAUGCUGUUUCUUUAACAUUAUUUAAGUAACAAGAAUAUUUAUUGAUAUUAAUAGUGCAGUUAAUGAAAUAAUCAAUUAAGAAACAAGUGAUUUAUUGAAAGUAAUUAGUUAAUUUCUAUUAAUAUUCUUCCUUUCAAUAGCUAUAGGUUAUGCUAUGGGAAUAAUAAGUGCUUUUGUAAUAAGAUUUAAAAAUCAAGCGAUUGCUAAUUUUGAGGCAUCUUUGCUGUUAUUAUUACCCUGGAUUACUUAUCUCAUUUCAGAAGCACUAGAAAUGUCAGGAAUAGUUAGUAUUAUGUUUUGUGGCAUUUCAAUGGCUAGAUACACAAUUCCCAAUACAAAUGAGUUGUCUAAGAAAGAAUUCACUAAAUUCUAUGAGAUUAUAGCUCAUAUCUUUGAAAAUUCAGUGUUCAUCUUUAUUGGAAUAGGAGUAAUUGGUUUUAAUUUGCCAUAUAAAGAAACUGGAUUUGGAAUCGUAAUAUCUACUUUUCUAGCAAUAAAUCUUUCGAGAUACUUCUUUGUUUUUGUAAUUACAAAAUUUGCAAAUCAAUUUCGCAGUAUUCACACAAUAAAUGAAUAUUAAAUGAAUAUGCUAUGGUUUAGUGGAUUAAGAGGAGCUAUGGCAUAUGCCCUAUCAAUAUAAACAAUCAUACUCUAUGGUCCAAUAGGUGAAGUGCUCUUAACUAUCUCUAUUGCUAUUAUAAUGAUUAAUGUACUAAUAGACUAUUAUUUAGAUCUAUGUUUAAGGAGUAAUGUUAGAUCCAAUACUCACAAAGUAUAGUCAAAAUCUUAUAGAGAACUACGAGGUUGAGGAACAAGAAAAAUCAAAAAACAUCUUCAAAUAAAUCAAAGAGGGAAUCAGCUAAAUUGAUAAUCUAUUUAUCCAGAUUUGUCUUUCUGAAAAUAAUGAUGAGGAAGUACCUUUAUGUAUAAAUUAUUUUUCUAAAUUAGAAAAUGGAAUUUAAGGAGUUGAAGUUGAUAAUUGA